ACACAGCACCAGAAGAAGAUGAGCUUGUUCUGUGAGGACCACCAGGCUCUAGUGUGUAGUCAUUGUGUAUCCAUUUCUCAUCGGACAUGCGGCAGUGUAAUGACUCCGGAAGAUUAUGCCCAGAAACUCAACAGGGAUGACGUCAUCAGGACACGAUUGUCUGACGGGGAACACGUGAUGGAUGCUCUGGUAAAAGAUUUCAGUAUCCAACUGGAAUUAUUAGAAAGCAAUAAGCAUGAAGCAGAACGCAAGAUUUCAUUAGAAAGUCAGAAAAUAGGUGACAUAGUUUGCAGGUUCCGUGAUCAAGCCAUGAAUCAACUUUCUAAAGUUCACAAAGAACAGAAAGGAAUUUUAGAAUCAUCAAUACAGCGGUGCAAAAGUCUAAAAAACAGUAUGAUAAACACUAGCAAAGUAUCCGGUGUAAUAUCUUCCGGAACUGAUCCCGUGCAGAAGAUUUCUAUCUAUCAGCGAGGAAAGGCCGAAAUAAACUCGUGCACACAGAUGGUCCAUGAUCUUGUGAGACCCUUUGAAGGAAAACUCAUUACGUUUGAACCAGAAUGUCUUCAUGAAAAGAUUGAAUCGUUCGCUUCUAUAGGAAGGAUAAGCGCAAAUAACCAGAUCCGUGAUUUUCCUGUACCUGUAGACAAGUGGCUCCCCCUGUCGGACAGGAUCGCUAAUCACCAUGACACAUUCUCAGUCAAACUGGAAAAGGACAAAUAUGCAUGUUCAGUUAGGGAUAUCCUGUGGUAUGACGAUGAUGUAGUACUUCUCACAGAUGCAAACAAUAAGAAUGUAAAACUGUUCUCUGAAAAGGGCGAAUUUAUUGAUGUAUUGCACAUGGAUGAUCGGCCAUGGUCGGUAUGUAAACUACCUAACAACAGAGUAGCAGUAACAAGGCCAGACGCGAAAAUGAUUUCUAUCGUCAAGUUAGAAGAAGUCAAUACCGAAGGAGGAAAUGGGAAUUCUGCAAAUGUGAGAACAGAUAUACCCUUCAAAAAGUUAGGUACCGAUUCCACUGAUUGUACAGGACCGGACCAAGUUCCCAGCGAAAAUAACACCAGUCAAGAUCCCCGGAGGAUAAUCUCGCUGACUUUAGAAAAUAGCAUCACGACAAACCUAAAUUGUUAUGGUAUUUGUCACGUCGGGGACAUGUUUGUUGUAAGUAAUGGGAAAUAUCGCCCUUACCAGUUGUACACUGUGGCACCGGAUGGUCGGACAGACCUCAUUAUGGAACAUGAAUCACCAUCUUACUAUAUAACCAGGUCAAUCACUGAACAAGACAUCGUUGUCGGUCUGACAAGCUCCGUCCCUAGAAACGUCGCCCUAUACUGCCUAAAAAGUCACAGCUCACCAGAACGCAUCAACAUAUCCCCAGCUGCAGAGAAAACCCUAAAUAAUGCAUACGGCAUGGACGUCGAUCGAGAUGGCAAUAUAUACUUAUGUUGCGGAGGACCUAUGAGUGUUGUGCAAGUGACAUCAGAUAGGGAGACUGUUAGGGAAUUGGUUGGGGUUGAACAGGGCAUCAAGGAUCCCAGGGCUAUUUCCGUGCUUCAUAAUAAAGUUGUUGUCACAGACGUCGCUAAAGAAAAUGCUAACAUCAUUAAGAUAUUUCAUCUCCGCUGA